UGGCCAGCGGCAUGCCAGACUCUUGCACGCAACUUACACUUCACAGUCUAUGGAAAGAAAAAUGCUUCUACGAAGGUUUCUGAUUCGAUUUCUACGCAGUAUCCAGUCGUGGACCAUGAAUUCGAUGCAGUUGUUGUGGGUGCAGGAGGAGCAGGUCUGCGGGCUGCAUUUGGUUUGUCAGAGGCUGGAUUUAAUACAGCGUGUGUUACAAAGCUGUUUCCCACCAGAUCUCAUACUGUUGCUGCGCAGGGAGGAAUCAAUGCUGCUCUGGGAAACAUGGAGGAUGAUAACUGGAGGUGGCAUUUCUAUGACACAGUGAAAGGGUCUGAUUGGCUGGGUGACCAGGAUGCCAUACACUACAUGACUGAGCAAGCCCCAGCUGCGGUGAUAGAGCUGGAAAAUUAUGGGAUGCCGUUCAGCAGAACUGAAGAAGGAAAAAUCUAUCAGCGUGCGUUUGGUGGACAGAGUCUUCAGUUUGGAAAAGGGGGACAGGCUCACAGAUGCUGUUGUGUUGCAGACAGGACAGGACACUCACUGUUACAUACUCUGUAUGGCAGGUCUCUGAGAUAUGAUACAAGCUAUUUCGUUGAAUAUUUUGCCUUGGACCUACUUAUGGAAAAUGGAGAAUGUCGUGGUGUUAUUGCCCUUUGCAUAGAAGAUGGCACUAUACAUCGUUUUAGAGCAAACAACACUGUCAUUGCCACUGGUGGGUACGGCCGCACGUACUUCAGUUGUACAUCUGCUCAUACUAGUACGGGUGAUGGCACUGCUAUGGUCACACGAGCUGGUCUUCCUUGCCAGGACUUAGAAUUUGUACAGUUUCACCCUACAGGUAUCUAUGGGGCUGGCUGCCUUAUAACGGAAGGAUGUCGUGGAGAGGGAGGUAUUCUAAUUAACAGUCAAGGUGAAAGAUUUAUGGAGAGAUAUGCACCUGUUGCUAAGGAUCUGGCUUCCAGGGACGUAGUAUCUCGUUCUAUGACCAUAGAAAUCCGUGAAGGAAGGGGUUGUGGUCCUGAAAAAGACCACGUGUACUUGCAGUUGCACCACUUACCACCACAGCAGCUAGCAACCCGUCUCCCAGGAAUUUCAGAAACAGCUAUGAUAUUUGCUGGAGUUGAUGUCACUAAAGAGCCUAUUCCUGUUCUGCCUACUGUGCAUUAUAAUAUGGGAGGUAUUCCUACUAACUACAAAGGACAGGUGAUUACACAUGUGAAUGGUGAGGAUAAAGUGGUACCUGGUUUAUAUGCUUGUGGGGAAGCAGCCUCUGCAUCUGUCCAUGGCGCAAAUCGACUUGGAGCAAACUCCCUUCUAGAUUUGGUGGUCUUUGGUCGUGCUUGUGCCCUUACUAUUGCAGAGACGUGCAAGCCUGGAGAGCCAGUUCCCUCCAUUAAACCAAAUGCUGGUGAAGAGUCAGUUGCUAAUCUUGACAAAUUAAGAUUUGCUGAUGGAACCAUAAGAACUUCAGAAGUGCGACUUAACAUGCAGAAGACAAUGCAAAACCAUGCUGCUGUAUUUCGUACUGGUUCUGUACUCCAAGAAGGCUGUGAAAAACUUGGCCAAAUUUAUGGUGAUCUGGCUCAUCUAAAGACAUUUGACAGAGGUAUUGUGUGGAACACUGACUUGGUGGAGACCCUCGAACUGCAGAACCUGAUGCUUUGUGCUCUACAAACAAUUUAUGGUGCUGAGGCUCGCAAAGAGUCCCGGGGUGCUCAUGCCAGAGAGGACUAUAAGUUACGGAUAGAUGAGUUUGACUAUUCUAAGCCGCUCCAAGGCCAACAGCAGAAGCCAUUUGAAGAGCACUGGAGAAAGCACACCCUUUCGUAUGUGGAUGUCCCAUCUGGGAAGGUUACCUUGAAAUAUAGACCUGUGAUUGACAGAACUUUGAAUGAAGAAGACUGUUCAACUGUCCCGCCUGCUAUUCGCUCAUACUAGUAACUUACAUUUAACUUGCAGUCCUCUCCCAGAGCGGGUUGGUGUACAUAAGCAUAGUGCAAGCAAAUCAAAAUAGUAUUGUCACUAUCAAUUAAUGGAAAGUGCUGACUAAACUUUUCUCCGGCUUGUAUUCUGCUGUGGCUUACUGUACAAUUAUGAAAAUGGAAUGCAGGACAGCUAAUGUUCUUGCACCCAUCUGUCAAAACUGACAGGGAAAACACAAAAUGUGUCUAAAUAAAGUGAUUAGAAGUCUUCUAUUUGUU